AUGGAUAUCGGCUACUCUGGCAAUCCCUUUACUUGGUGUAAAGGUUGGGCUUCUGCUAGGAGGAUAUGGGCAAGAUUAGAUAGGGUACUUAUUAAUUUCGAAUGGUUGCAGAGAUUUUUAGACACUUCUGCCACUCAUUUGGUUAGAACUGGUUCGGACCAUGCUCCCCUUCUAAUAUCCACAUCUAAUCCUCAUCGGGAACCUAAGAAGUAUUUUAGAUUUCUAGACUUCUGGACUGAACAAGAGGGCUUCAUGAAAGUCGUGAAACAAGCAUGGCAAUUGCAGACCAAAGAAUUGCAGAACAUGCUUGAGACUCUAGAGGAGAGAUGCUUGAAUGACAACUCAGAAAGUAAUAGAAUGAUGUACAACAGUGUGAAUGCUCAAUUGAUUAGGAAUAUUAAAAAUAAAGAAUCUUUCUGGGGACAAAAAGCUGGCUUGAAGUGGUUUAUUGAUGAUGAUAAUAACACAAGGUUCUUUCACUCUGUAAUCAAUUCUAAGAGGAAAAAAUUGCAACUGACAAAAGUUAAGAAGCAGGAUGGCACAUGGCUUGAGAACAGGGAUGAUAUUGUUGCUGGAGUUGUCAGCUUUUUUUAG